UUAUUUUAUUUUUUCAACUACCUGAGUAGUAUAAGCGAACAAUUAGUGCUAAUGAGGUCAUUAUCUAAUGACCGCUGCAACUUUCUCUUAAUGACCGCUACACUUUGGCCGCUACAAUUUUGCUAUAUGUCAUACAAUAUAUAAGACCAAAGAAAAUUUAGGAAAAUAUUCAGUGUUGUUCUCGUGUUUGUUCUUGAAGAAGACGUCUUGGUGUAUUGUGAAAUUAAGAUGCCUGGAAAACGUGUAUCUUCUAUGCCAUUGAAAAAAUCAUCUCCGAAGCGUUUUAAAGCCCCAGGUGAUGGUGGAUGUGUAGAAGAAGAGGAAAUUAGUGCUUCGCAAGUUCCAUCGGUUCCGAAGUCGUCUUUGUCAGCAUUUCCAGCUGCUUCACCACCACCACCACCACCAUCGCAAUCCAUAGAAUUAGCGAGAGUAUCUGAAAUAGGUCUUAGCCAAGCUGCAUCCCCCAAGUCGCCUCAGCCUAUCCACGCUGAAGAAGACAUCAUAACACCAGCUGAAUGGUCGGAUCCUGUGUUGGAGCGAUCGUUGAUGGAAAUGGCCGACAACAUCGAGAAAAAUGAAGCUGAGAGAAGUGAGAAAGAUGAAGCUGAGAGAACGGCUCGGAUGGUGAUCAAUGAGAAGUUUCGUUUAAUUCAUGAAGUGGUGUAUCCUAUAACUAAGUCUGGUAGCAAACUUUUAUCGAUUGGAGUAAAACCACUCCAUGAUUUUGUGCCGUUGUUGAAGAUACAUAAUCCAGAAUUAACAUCGGCGAUAAGUUUUUCUAUUGAAACCUUUGAAGAGUUUUUAAAAGAAAUGAGCAAGAUCUUUGAAUCAAGAGAGGAGGACGAAGAAGUAGAAGAAAUUAGUGUUCCAGAAGGUCAGAUGUUGUGUAUGCUAAGUGGCUACGUCGUGGUGGUUUGUAGAUAUAAUACUCUUCAAUUUAUACCUAGUCAACCCAGCGUGUACAAGGGCAUUUAUUUAUCAUUGAACACAAUUAAAACUGUCGUAAAUAUGGGCGAGCAUUUAUUGAAUCUGCUUCAUGCAAGAAGAAUUCAAUAUAAAUUCUAUCCAUGUUACGAUAGUUUUAUAAAUAAUGUUGCGCUUGAUGUUAUGGAGAAUGGAUGUAAAAAUUUAUCUCAAAAAUUGUAUGAUAUUAUUAAGAAUCGGUAUGAACAAAAUGCAACCUUGUAUGAGAUAGUUUUGAAACUGCCUGUGAAUGUAAAAACUGCUGUCGAAAAUAGAAUACAAUAUUAUAGGGAAAAUAAUGAUUAUAACUGUCUGUGAUAAUAAAUAAUUAAAUAAAAUGUA